UGACGGAAGAAUUUAGCAAUUAACUUCCCCACCAACCCUACACGAGUGCCAGUUUCCCAGCAUCCUUGCCAUGAAUCGCCUUUUUAAGAUUUUGCCAAUCUGAUGGGUGAGAAAAAAAAAAAAAACGUCAUUUCUUUUUAAUUCACGUUUCAAUUAGUGAAGUUGGACAUCUCUACACACAAAUUGCCUAUUCACAGCCCUCGUCCAAUGCUGUUGAAAUCAUAGAUUUUUUUCCCCCUUAUUUCUAGGAGCAAGUCGAUAGAAUGUUCUGUUCUCUGUGCUGUAGAAUUGGUUUUUCUAGACUCUCAAUUUGACUCGAGGGGACUUUUGCCCAUGCAGUUUGUUGUUGUUUUUUGUUUUUGUUUUAGGAUUGGAGGGCUCCAUCUCAGGCUCAAGAAAGCCCUUCUAUUCCCAAACUAUAUUCUCCCAAAGCGUAUUUAAAUCCCCUCAAUUUUAUUCUUCCUUUGAGGUCAAUCAUCCACUGGGAUUUCUUUUCUUGCGCGUAACACGGGAGAAGGGAGGGAACAAUCCAAAAAUUCAGCAGUCGGGCAUCCGGAGAGCUGGCGCAAAACGAGGGGGACGGGGUUGGCGGGAUUCGGGUCAGAUCUCGGCAGCACUUCCGGGAAGGCUUGAAACCGUCCAUCUCGAAUCGCCGCCGCCUCGCCUCCCGCGCUUCCCUCCCCGGCGUCCCCCGGAACGAUGCCAGGGUUUCCUUGGAACGCGGCCUUACGGCUUCUCCGGCGCCUCCAGCCACGGAACGGCUGCCUGCCCACCGGGGUCGCCGCGCCCGGGCCACUCAGCGCGCCCCAAGCCAUCACAGAGCAGCCGUCCCGCGGGCGCUGCCCCGGCAAGACGGGGGCGGGGGGCGACACCGCUCUGCGCCUGCGCGCUCUCGCGGGACCCUCCCCGCCCUUCCGGGUACCCCUUGGGCAGUCCCGGCUUCCGGCCGGCGGCGCAUGCGCAGCCCGGGUCGCGGCGCUCGGCGGCCGUGCGGGUCGGCGAGGUGCGAAGAUGGCGGGGCUGCGCUUGGCGGCUCUGGGCGCCCGGGUGCCUUGCUGGAGGUGGGGCGGAGCGGCGGUCUUCGGCUUCCGCCGGGGCCUCAGCGCCUGGCUCGCAAGGGAGCCCGAGGGGACUCCGCGGUGGCCCCCAGCUUGCAGACAAAAGACAUCAGUCUCUUUCCUUAGUCGACCAGAGCUUCCAAACCUGGCUUAUAAGAAGCUAAAAGGCAAAAGUCCAGGAGUUAUCUUCAUCCCUGGCUAUCUUUCUGAUAUGAAUGGUACAAAAGCAUUGGCGAUUGAAGAAUUUUGCAAAUCUCUAGGUCACGCCUGUAUAAGGUUUGAUUUGUCAGGAGUUGGAAAUUCGGAUGGUAAUUUACAAGAAUGCACAGUGGGAAAGUGGAGAAAAGAUGUUCUUUCUAUAAUUGACGAUGUAGCUGAAGGACCUCAGAUACUAGUUGGAAUUAGCCUCGGUGGAUGGCUUAUGUUUCAUGCUGCGAUCGCAAGGCCACAAAAGGUUGUUGCACUUAUUGGUAUAGCGACAGCUGUAGAUAGCCUAGUGACACAGUUCAAUCAGCUUCCUGUUGAGGUAAAAAAAGAAAUAGAGAUGAAAGGCAUGUGGGACAUACCAUCAAAGUACAGUGAAGAAGGAAUUUAUCACAUUCAGUACAGUUUCAUUAAAGAAGCGGAGCACCACUGCUUGUUACAUAGCCCAAUCCCCGUGAACUGCCCUGUACGAUUGCUCCAUGGCAUGAAAGAUGACAUCAUACCUUGGCAUACGUCCAUACAAGUUGCUGACCGAGUAGUCAGCACAGAUGUAGAUGUCAUCCUCCGAAAACAUAGUGAUCACCGAAUGAAGGAAAAAGCGGACAUUCAACUUCUUGUUUAUACUAUUGAUGACUUAAUUGAUAAGCUUUCAACUAUAGUUAACUAGAUCAUAUUUUUAGUUGGUAUGUAAACUAAUGGAUCCAAGAGAUUAGAGGAGGGAUAACAGGUGAAAGUCCCUGAUAUUUAGGUUUUUUCCUCUUUGUCUAUAUUUUGUAAAUAUCACACGAAUACUUAUUUAAUGAAGUAUGAUACAAAUUGUAAAGAAAAUAGAAGUUGCUGUUUGAAAAUUUUUCUCCUUCCUUCAAUCCUUGAUAUUUUUAUUUAUUUAUUUAUUUAUGAUAGUCACACAGAGAGAGAGAGAGGCAGAGACACAGGCAGAGGGAGAAGCAGGCUCCAUGCACCGGGAGCCCGACGUGGGAUUCGAUCCCGGAUCUCCAGGAUCGCGCCCUGGGCCAAAGGCAGGCGCUAAACCUCUGGCGCCCCCCAGGGAUCCCAAUCCUUGAUAUUUUUUAAUUGAAGUAUAGUUGACACACAAUGUUAGAAUUUCAGGUGUACAACAUAGUGAUUUUGACAACUCUAUGUAUUAUCCUAUGCCCACCACAAGUGUAGCUACUGUCUGUCACCAUAUGGUGCUAUUACAACACCAUUGACUCUGUUCCCUCUGUACCUUUCAUCCCUAUGAUUUAUUCCAUGACUGGAGCCCGUAUCUCCCCUUCACCUGUUUUUGCCCAUCCUCCCACCCCCUUCCCUGUGACAACCACCAAUUUGUUCUCUGAAUUAAUGGGUCUCUUUCUGAUUUGUUUUGCUCUUUAGGUUCCACAUAUAAGUGAAAUCAUAACAUAUUUGUCUUUCUGUGACUUAACUUCACUUAAUCUAAUACCCUCUAGGUCUAUACAUGUUGCAUGUUGUUUUUUUUUUUUUCGUAAAAUAUUUCCUGCUUUUUUAUUCAAGACAUGUUCACCUGCUAAAUGCUUACGUUAACUGGGAUAGCUCUUAAUUGUGUUCUCAGAAUUGUUAAGAAAGUUUGAUUUUUUUUUUUUUUUGGUCUUUUGUCUGAUGUCAGUUCUGUAGAGAUUUGUAAAAUUGCUCCUGAUUUUAAAAUGCAGUUCACAAAAUAUAGGACAAUGUUUAUUGAAAUAAACCUGAAAUGAUCAGAAAAAUGUCUGAAGCAUAAUAAAGUUCAAAAAGUGAGGAUACACUUUAUAUAUUAUGUUCUGCAUGUUAUGUUUGAACUUAAUGUUAUCUGUUUUUAAAUGUUCAAAACUUUAAAAUAAUAUAAAGAAAAUAUAUCAUUUCUAAAUUUUGGCUUAUAUGCCAUUUAAAUGGGGGGGAUUUGAUCUUGAUGUAGUACUCUAAAGAGGCAACUUAUCUUUCUAUAUAAUUGCCUGCCUGCAGAAACCUUCCUUUACUAUUAUGUGCCUUUAAGAACAAAGAGCCAAGUGACUGCCAUCUAAGUCAGAGGGCUUCCUGAGGUGGGGAGAUAGUAAGAAAAUAUGAACUGCAAUUAGUACAAAGGUGUUUUUCAAGAACUAAAAUGGGCUUACAUAGUAGUGAGCCUUGAUAUCAAUGAGGUGGUGUCUUUUAGCUUUUAAAUUUGGCUGGACUUUAUUUAGGCUGCUUAAGUUGUGUCUGUCAAAGUAAAAUAAAUUGAUAACAUGACCUAUAGAAAGAACAUUUUUGGGAUAAAAUUCCCAUGCCAGAGAACGCUAAAAUAGCAAGCCCGACUGCGUAGACUCAGCGAGACCAGCUUACAAGGUGAGCCCUUGGCUGGCGUCUGGGAAUUUGACUUUUAGGAGGUUUCCACCAUCCCUGGAACUGGUAAAAGUGGCUCACUAAACUGUCUAUACUGUAUGAACGGUAUGGUUUGUGCUCCACACCUUUCUGGGAGUCUGGAAUUGUGAUAGGUACCAGACAGAGGCUAAGUGGCCAGCUCCCGAUACCUGGGCACUGAGUAUCACAAGCUUACCCGGUGGACCUUUCACAUGUAUGGUCACAACUGUUACUGGGGGAGUUUCGGCAUGACCACUGGGAAAGAAUUCUUGGAAGCUUGUGCCUAAUUUCCCCAGACUUCACCCCAUAUGUCUUUCCUUUGCAGAUUUUGUUCUGUAUUCCUAGUAAGUCAUAGCCGUGAGUAGAACUAUGUGCUGAGUCCUAACAAAUUGUCAAACCUACAGGUGGUCUUCAGGACCCCGGACACAGAUACUAAAAAGGAGAAUGUCCUACAGGACUACAAUCUAUGAGUUAUACUGAACAAAAAUCACUUACCAAUCAAAUAUACAUGAAUCAUGCGUAUUCCUCGAUGCCUAGUGCUAGCAUGAGUUUGUAGCAGAUGGCAGGGUGGCUAUGCCAGGGCCUGCUCCACCCAGACAUUGCUAGGCAUGAGAAUUCGAAAGAUGAAGAGAAAACAGCCCUGCCCAUGAGAUUUUCCUAGGGUUAAGCAUCUCAAAAAAUGUAAUAAGCAUGAUUGAAGAUUGCCAGCAUACCUGUAGAGGCAUUACGCAUAGUGGUUAGGGAUGGGCUAUGCAGGUGGGCUUAAAAUCCAGCUCAUCAUUUACAAACCCUGUAAUUGAGCAAUUUACUUAACCUCCCCGAAGUUUCCUCAGCUGUCAGAUGACAUAAAGCUAGAUAAUAAAGCAUAAGGGUUAAAUAGGUGCAGUACAUUUGGAACAGUGACCAACAUGGGAGUCCCUACCUUUUCACUUUUAUGAUGCACUGAGCACAGUCUGGUGAGAAACUGGUGGACAUAAUUCGUGGGGGUUAGGAAGGAAAAGAGGCAAGGAAGCAGGCAGGGCUUAUAAAGUACCUGCCUCUCCUCAAGAUGCCAAAUUAGAAGGUUAGUUGUGUGGUAUCCUUUUAAACGUUCAAAGGUUAGAAGAGACGCCUGGGUGGCUUAGCGGUUGAGCAUCACAGCUCAGGGUGUGAUCCCGGGGUUCUGGAAUCGAGUCCCGUAUCAGGCUUCCUGCAUGGAGCCUGCUUCUCCCUCUGCCUGUGUCUCUGCCUCUCUGUGUGUCUCUCAUGAAUGGAUAAAAUAUUAAAAAAAAAAAAAAACAGGAAGGAGGAGGAACCUUCCCUACCCGAAUAUAGGAAAAACUGUUUAAAAUUUUCAACUAGUUUUACAAAGAUAACACGAAUUCCAUAUGGUUUUUGUAUCAAUGAGAUCAUGUAUUCUAGUGCGUUGUUAGUUACUUUAGUGGGUUUUUCCCCCCUAAAACUCCAUGCCAUGUAUCCAGUGACACAGAAAAUGCUUGAACAACCAGCAGCCCCCGAGUGCUUUAUCCUCUGGAACUCCUGCAUCAUUCUAAAUGCACGACCCUUCUAAAUCUCAGCAUGUACAAUGGAAAGAGCUAAGGCAAACGCCAAUGGUAAGGAAAGCUAAGCGAGACCAGAAUAAAUUUGCUUUUGCUGCAUCUGUUGAGCUUAGAGGCAUCUCCAGACACAAAUCCAAACGGUAUGUUGUUCUCUGAGCAGUCAAUAGAAAGUUCUGUGUGGAGGAGAGGAGGGAAAGAGCCUUGGGCAAGGCUGAGCUUUGUAAAGCAUGGAAGCAUGGAGACAGCAAGGAGAACAGGACUCGCCACACAACCAUUCAGGGCCCAAAGGGAAUGUGCCAAAUGUUCAUUAAAUUUGAAACUGUUAAAAAAACAAAACCCAAACAACUCUUAUUUUCUGAAGGAAAGAAGAUGGUGGAAUGUAAAUAUAGCUUUUAAAGAUUCCCUCUAAGAGUACAU